AUGCCUCCCCAACGCGUCUCCGCCAGCACCUUCCUCGAGCUCAAGGCACAGCUCGUGCAGCAAGAGGACAAAGUCAAGGCCGCAGGGAGGCCCUCCGCCAUCGUCGGUGCGAAGCGCGAUAAGGACAGCGACAAGAAGAUCAGCCGCUGGUCGAAGCAGAAUGCCGGCGUGCAGGCGCGCGCAGCCCGUGACGUCGAGCUCGAGGCCGUUUCCCGUCGCACGUACGAGUCCGCGCGUGCGAACCUCGAACACAAGGCCCACGUGUACGAACAGCUACGCAAGGGCAAGUCUGCAGGACUCAGCGACGCUCAAUAUGACACGCAACUCGUUGAUUUCGACCAGAAGGCUAUCGAUCACUACGAGUCCGACGAUGACGAUGUUGACGAGUCGCUUAUCGUCCCAAAGGCCCCGGAAAACGAAGCGGAUGAUCCGAUAGUCGAGUAUGAAGACGAAUUUGGGCGCGUGAGGACGGCUCGACGCUCCGAGGUCCCGCGCGAAGCCUUACAGCGUCAGGACGAAGUAGAGAAUAACGACGACCCUUACGUGAUCCAUGAUCCGGUAAACCACUUCCCGAUUUACGAGCCGGAUGCGGAGCGCGUUGCGCGCAUCGCUGAGGAGCUCGCCGAGUCCGAGAGCGCGGCGGCUGCGCACUACGAUGCGUCCAAGGAGGUGCGCGCCACGGGUGCGGGGUUCUACCAGUUCGCAGGCGACGAGGAGACCCGCGAGCGCCAGAUGCGCGAGCUUCGCGCCGCGAGAGAGGAAACAGAGCGGGCAAGACAAGAGGCGGGUGCGCUCAACGUGCGCCCUGGUGUCGAGGGCCUGCACGAGGACGACGAGAGCGUCGUCGGAGCCCGUAGUAGGGCGAUGGAGAAGCGGAAGCGGGAGGUGGAGGAGCGCAGGAGGCUUGUGGAGGAGAAGCGGAGAAAAAUCGGUGCGCGCGCCACUCCGACUGUGGGCGCGAAUGUCAGUUCGACGGGGGCUGCGGAGCCGGUUGUGUCGACGAACGUGGUCGUGACUCCUGCGGCACCACAACUUCAGGCUCAUCGGGAGGCGGCAUCAUCAUCAGCACAGAAACCGCCACCUGGUGAUCCGUUCGCGACACUGGAGGCACAAUCUGUGAGGGGCAAGGGCGAGGCGAAGGAGACACAGCUACCUUCACCGAUCAGUGCCGCAGACGCGUUCCUCGACCAGCUUGCGCAGGAAAUGCUCAAAGGCGCGAAGUCCUGA